CCUAAUCAUAUAGACAGGGUAAAGGCAUUCAGUUGGGCUUCAACAGCCCCCACGAGCGCUUGUUUCGGUUGUAUCAAAUUGUUGAUAUAGAUUUCUUUUAUAAAUCUUUAAAUUAUUUUAAUCAAGAAAUGUUCGUCGGUUCUACAAUUUAAUUAGGUACAUUAAAUAGUGAAUAAGUGCAAUGACAAUGAAAUUGGACUCGUUUUACUUGCAACAACAAUUCCCGAACCCCUCUGAGUAUAAAAAAAAUAAAUACCAAAACGGCUACGAUGGUAGAGAGGGUAUCACGCUUACAUGGUCUGAUCUUAGUGUUACCGUCAAACAAAUUAAAAAAAAGUUUUUUAAGUCGAACGCUGUAACUUAUAAAAAAUUAGUAAACAAUGUUUCAGGGGCAGUUGAAAAUGGCAAGUUGGUUGCACUGAUGGGACCUAGUGGUGCCGGAAAAAGCACAAUUCUUUACGCUUUGUCUCAUCGUCAUUCUGAUCAAAUGAUGGUUGAUGGUGAUGUUAAGAUUAAUGGUCACCGUGUUAACAAAUCAAUGUGCCGCAUAUCCGGUUUUAUGAGACAAGAAGAUAUCUUCAUUGGAGAUCUAACAGUAAAAGAACACCUCUUAUUUAUGGCUUGCCUUAAGUUGGAUAAAAGAACCACUUAUCAAGAAAAAGAACAUCGUGUCUCUUAUUUGAUUAGUGAACUCGGAUUAGAACAUUGUAAAAAUAGAAAGAUUGGUGGUUCAAUGUUUGGACAGAGAGCGGAGCUGUCUGGUGGAGAACGCAAACGCUUAUCAUUUGCUACAGCCUGUCUUUCAAAUCCUGCACUGUUAUUCUGUGAUGAACCAACUACUGGCUUGGACUCGCUCAAUGCGAUUCGCAUCGUCAGUAUGAUGGCUUCUUGGAAUGCUACAAUCUUAUGCACUAUCCAUCAGCCUAGUCCUGAAGUGUUGAAGUGCUUUUCCUCUGUAAUGUUAGUUGCUGAUGGAUCUCUUGUUUUCUCUGGGUCUGUAGAUGAUGCCAUAAACUUUUUCAGAAGUGCAGGUUACCAUAUGAACGUAAAUGAAGGAGCAGGAGAGUUCCUAAUGAGUUGCUUAGCUCCUCCUCCUGGAUCAGCGUUAUCGGCCAGGAUGGCUGUGAAGAGAUUAGCGCACCAGUUUGUUAUAUCGGAAUACUCUAAGACCACGGAGCUGCUUAUAGCAUUGCAAGAACAACCAAUCAAAGCAAGUAAAAUGACCGAAACGUUAUUUGACCACAAAUCUUCAUCUUGGCUGUAUAAAUUCUAUUACAUUCUCUACCGAAGCAUUUUGGAACUAUUGAGGAACCCACAGUUACAAUGGUUAAAGAUAGCUCAGAAAAUUGUUGUCGCAAUCGCUGCAGGCUUGUGCUACGUAGGUGCGGUGAACAAUGAUCAAGCUGGAGUUCAAGCAGUUCAAGGAGCAUUAUUUAUUUUAAUCACGGAAAAUACGUUCCCGGCUUUGUAUGCUGCUCUUGCCCUUAUUCCUAAGGAGUUACCUCUUCUAGUGAGGGAAAUGAGGGAUGGAGACUACCACCCUUCUGCUCUCUACCUAGCAAAAAUUAUAUCACAUCUCCCUGGCCUAGCUUUAGAUGCUUUUAUAUUUACUGCUAUCAUAUACCUGUUCGCAAAUUUGCGUCCUACCACUUUUGCUUUCUCGGUGGUUUCAUUGAUUUCAAUACUGUGUAUAUUGGUUUCAACUGCAUGUGGAUUCAUGUUUGCUAGUGUUUUUGAGAAUUACGAGCUGGCAAGCGUGUUUCUUAUAUUAUUUGAUAACACCAUGAUGAUAAUAUCUGGACUUUUUAUCAAAUUGAGCACCCUACCUUUGAUGAUCUCAUGGCUACAGUACCUUUCGUGGAUGAGAUACAGUUAUGAGUCCUUAUCAAUCAUACAGUGGCAGGAUGUGAAAAAUAUUAGCUGUGAUGCAUCCACAUACCUUCCUUGCUUUCGUUCCGGAAGCGAAAUCAUCGAUUAUUACAGUUUUUCUGAAGAUCACCUUUACUGGAACAUUACCUUUUUGGUCAUAUUAUUUUUCUGUUUUAAUGUUAUUGGAUACAUCUUCUUUGUCCAAAAAAUUAGGAAACAUUUUUGA